AGGCCCCACAUCAUCAUGAUGGAGGAUGGGGGCCAUCCCAAGUGUUGUGUUGGCAUCCAACAUUAUUAUUACUAUUAAUAAUUUCAUUUCUAGAAUAAUUUAUAUUUUUUAAGAAAAAUGUCUUGAAGCAUUUUACAACCUACAAUAAAAUAUCAAAUACAACAAUCCAGAAUAAAAUAUUACAGAAAAAAAAAAUAUAAAGUAUACAUUCAACACAACAUAGCUAACAGGAAACUAAAAUAUUAUCUUAAACAUUGACAAAUGACUAGUUACAGGUAGGUAGCCGUGUUGGUCUGACAUAGUCGAAACAAAAUAAAAAAAUUCCUUCCAGCAGCACCUUUUGUUGUUGUUUAGUCGUUUAGUCAUGUCCGACUCUUCGUGGCAGCACCUUAGACACCAACUAAGUUUGUCAUUGGUAUGAGCUUUCGUGUGCAUGCUCUCUAAGGUGCUGCUGGAAGGAAUUUUUUUAUUUUGUUUUGAUUGACAAAUCAAACAUUACAAAGGAGGUCAAGUACAGAAUGCACAUUUAACAAAACAAAGUUAACCUCAAAUAAUCUUAAGAUUUCAAAAGAAAACAUUACUAAACAAAGUCAAAUAUAAAAUGCACAUUUUAAAACAGUAUUAUUAGCGAGAGAAUAAACCAUUAUCCUAAGCAUAGUACCUAUCUGCUGCAGUUGUUGGUAAUACUGCUCAUGGUGGUUCAUUAGGAAGCUCAGGCUCGAUGACCUGGGUCUGCACUAAGAGACAGCCAAGAUGGUCUCUGGCCUCUUCAGCAGCCUCAGUUUUUGUAGCUGGACUCAUAACUACAACACAACUAAAGUAGUCAUAAACAAUAAAGAAAACAUAAAAAAUAUGCAACCAAACUGAACAAUUUCCACAUAAAAUCACAAGAUCUAAAAUAAAGAUUCAAAAAACCAGCAACAGCAGCAACCACCACCCCUCCCAACAAAAUCCGGCAAACGACACCCCAGCCCAAGGGGGUGUUCACCAGUCUCAGCUUUUGUUGCUGAAAUCAGUCAGGGCCCCUUCCUCCUAGGUCAGGUGGGGAAAGGCUGCAAGGCAGGGAACAGGUUUUCCUGGACUCACAGGCAAGAGUCACAGCCCUUGGGUUGAGGGGCAGCUGCCCUCUAUGCCCUGCAUGUUUGUUGGUGGGGCAAGGAGUGAGCCACCUCAAAAUGAGUAGACACAUUGGAGAAUUUUGAAUGUGAGCCUUGUCAUGGACCAGGUGGACAAGUAAGGACUUCCCAUAAUUUGUUUAAAAAACACCUUCAUUUAAAUUUAUAGCAUUUGAUACAAACUACUCCAACCUACAUCUAAUAUCUUGUAAAUUUAUGAGAUCUACGGAUUUAGGGUGUUAUACAAAUUUAAUAAAAUAAUAAUAAUUAAAAAUUCCCUCUUCGCCUUACCUGCUAUUGCUGCAUAUUGCUGGCCAAAUCUCUGUAGAGCAGGCAACUUGCUGUUCAUACAUCCUGCUUCCAGCCCUCCAGUGGCACAAGAAAUACUAUAUCUAUACCAAAUUUGUUCGUGACAAGGCCAUAGGAACUCUGACUAAGUAUUCUUCCAUUGCUCUGCACUCAGUUCCCAUGAUUACCUGACACUAUGGUCCUCAUCUUAUCAGCUUCCCACUCGCCUAUUCUCUGUAUUCUAUUCUGUCCGUAAUCACCAAGGCCCGCCCACAUUCCAAAGGUUGCUAUCAUCAGAAUCCUCCUCUCUCUAUAGGAAUCUCCUUCCCAUUUUGCUUUGGGCCCACAACAGGCUAUCCCAUGGGGUGCCUUAGUGCAUUCUUUCACCUGUCAGGGAAGAUGACAAGCAAUCUUCCCUGGCUGCUGGUGCUGAUCUCAUGGAAUGUGUUGAGUGAGACUGCAGGUCAGAACCCUCCACAGGGCUAUAGGUAUGCCUCCUAUGAGAUUAUUGUCCCCAGGAAAUUAACCUUCCGAUAUGGACAAAAGCACCACACUAUCACUUACUUGCUGCAAAUUGAGGGGAAGGGUCACAUCGUGAAGCUCAGGAAAAAGAAGAGCUUUGUGCCUAAACAUUUCCCUGUCUUCUCUUACAAUAGGGAGGGGGACCUUCAGAUGGACUACCCUUUCAUCAGAGAUGACUGCUUCUACCGCGGCUUUGUAAAAGGCCAUCCUGCCUCUCGAGUCACCCUCAGCACUUGUUUGGGGGGACUCAGGGGUCUGUUGCACUUAGAAAAUGGCACCUAUGAAAUCGAACCUGUUCAGGCAUCUGCUACUUCUCAACAUGUGUUGUAUAGAUUGGAGGAAAUGGUGGGUGCUGUACGAAUGAGGUGCGGGCUAACAGAGGAAGAGCAAAGACGCCAAGAGGCCAUGAUCCAAAGCACAAAUAAUGUAACAGUUCAAACUGAUGCUAGAGGAGAUUGGUGGACACACACCAGAUACUUGGAGCUUGCCAUUGUGAUAGAUCAUGAACGAUAUGUCAGGUUUGAAAGAAAUGAAAGCCGUAUUGCUUUGCAAGUUCUAGAUAUUAUCCAUACUGCAAACUCAAUAUAUGAGCCACUUGCUGUUGAGUUGUCUAUAGCUGGCCUGGAGAUAUGGUCAGAAAAGAACCUCAUGAAAAUUAACGACACAAUAGAACGAACACUCUUCAAUUUUGCCAUGUUUGUAAAAGAGUCACUAAGUAAACAUAUAGAUUUUGAUGCUGCUCACUUAUUUGUAUAUAAAAGUUUUGGACAUAAAGUUGGAUUAGCGUACGUAAGAACAAUUUGUCUUGGCCAUUGGGCAACUGGUGUUGAGUCAUAUAUGACUUACAGUUUGUUUGAUUUUUCUGUUAUAUUUGCCCAUGAAUUAGGACAUAAUCUUGGAAUGAAACAUGAUGAAAAAUACUGCACUUGUGAUCGACAUGCUUGUGUUAUGGCUGCAUACGGAGUAAGCACAGAUAAGUUUAGCAACUGCAGUUAUAAGGAUUACUUCUCAGUAAGGAACAGACCGUGUUUGUUAGUUCCACUAGACCCUGAUCUAAUGUAUAAAUUUGCAUACUGUGGAAACAAAGUAGUGGAACACAAAGAGGAAUGUGACUGUGGCUCACCAGAGCAAUGCAAGUUGGAUCCAUGUUGCCAGUCUGAUUGCAUGUUGAGUCCAAGUGCUGCUUGUGCUUUUGGACAAUGCUGUGUUGAGUGUCAGUAUCUUCCAAUUCAUAAGGUUUGCAGAGAACCGGUCAGCAGUUGUGAUCUCCCCGAGUACUGCAAUGGGACUUCAGAAUGGUGUCCUGAAGAUGUUUAUGUACAAGACGGUGCCCCUUGUACUGAUGGUGCAUAUUGCUAUCAUGGGAAUUGCACAACUCACAACGGGCAGUGCAGAAUGAUAUUUGGCAACAAAGCAUCCAGUGCAUCAAAGGAUUGCUUCAGUGAAAUGAAUUCUCGAGGUGAUCGCUUUGGAAACUGUGGGCUUAUACAUGACACUUAUAAGAAAUGUGAUACUCAGAACAUCUUGUGCGGCCGAAUCCAGUGUGAAAAUGUUGAUACAGUACCUUCUUUGGAGGAACACAGAACCAUAAUUAAUACGCCCCUUGGCAAUAGGAAAUGCUGGAGCACAGAUUACCACGCUGGAAUGAAGAUACCUGAUAUUGGAGCAGUGAGAGAUGGGACUCCUUGUGGCAAAGAAAUGAUGUGCAUUAAUGCGGAGUGCAAGAGUGUGUCCCUCUUGAAAUAUGAUUGCAAUGUCACAAAGUGCCAUAAUCGAGGAAUAUGCAACUCUCACAAACAUUGUCACUGUGAUAAUGGCUGGGCCCCUCCAGACUGUCUAAACAAAGGUAAUGGUGGCAGCAUUGACAGUGGACCUCCUCCACCAGGGAAUGCUUCACUCCAUAUUGGCAUCAUUAUAGGAAUUAUAGCAGCAAUUGUAUUUCUUGUUUUUGCUGUUCUUGGGCUGGGUAUUUAUUUCCGCAAGUCUCUGAGAGAGCGGUUUGUAAAAAACCCAGAAAGAACAUAUGAAGAAUAUAUAAAAGAGAAAGAAAAUCCUGUCCCAACUGAAUCAGAGAAUUGAACAAUUCACUGAAUGUGUCAAAU